AUGGAUGAACAUGGUGGACCAUCAUCUAAUAGACCGCAUCCUUUUAGGACACAGGAAACAUUUCAAAGACAGCAGGAAGCGCAAGUUGGGCACAGGUUUCCGAAUCCAACCGGGAUAAUUCCUGUGCCGAGGGGCAGUAAAGGGCCGAGAAGUUUAUUCAUUAGAAGAUAUGGCGACAGUUUUGGUUUCACCUUACGACAUUUCAUCGUCUACCCUCCGGAUUCCGUUGCGGAACAACUCGACGGUAGACACGCAGCCGUGGGUGCGUUACUCACGCCGAUGGACACCAUCUUCGUAAAGCACGUAAAAGAAAAAAGUCCCGCCAAACAAGCUGGUUUACAACGAGGCGACCGAUUGGUUGCCGUCAACGGUGUCAUAGUCAAAGAUAAACCGUACACGCAAGUCGUCCAAUUAAUCGUCAACAGUCCGGAGUAUCUUCACCUUCUGGUGGUGCCCAAAGAAGACGACGUUUUACAAAGGUUUUUUUCUGAUACCGCCUACAAUCCGGCGUCCAAUCAAAACGCGCUCGCCGAUAUUCCUCAACAGCCGGUCGAUAAGCGAACGGCUCAGCAGAUCAUCGCCAAUAGAUUGGCCCACGUGCACGAACUUCAAGUGGACGCCUUCUCGUGGCACACGCUGCAACACCCGUUCGUCGCCGGAGGACCGCGCAGCGCGGAAAAUCUCCUGCAACCGGUGGUGCCUCGCAGGCGAAAUCAUAGGGACCAGUACUACCAUCAGCAUCAUCAUCAACAUCAUUACGAGGCGGCUCCUCAUGACACCGAAAGGACCGGAUGGUCCAGGGCCGCACCCCAGGUCCCGUUGUAUAAUAAAAUGGGUCGUAGAGCCAGCGAAGGUAACAUAUUGUGCGAUUCGGAUCGCUACGUUGCCGAAUUUCACAGCUUAGAUCCCGAAGAGUACGGCAAUAUGAAGACCGGUUAUAGGAACAACAAUUACAACCCGGAUUCGGGCGAUUAUCCGAAAACGGCCAAUUCGAAUUUGAAUACCAAAAGACGGGAAUCCACAUCCUCCUGUUCGUCAGUUACCGCCGACGGCAGUAAAGACAGCCUAAAUUCGUUCGGUUCGAAUUCGACGCUCACCGGCCAAGACACCGACGACUCGGUCAUCAUGAGCAGGUUUCGCAAGAGCGUCCAGCAAAAGGAGGCCUUCCUGCGACAGCCGGCCAACGUCAAGGAAUUCUACGGCGUACCGAAGAAGCUGGAGAAGCAGGAAUGGCCGCCGCCACCGCCGCCGGCUGCGGUCGAACGCGACAGGGAUUCCCCGUCGAGGAAUCCGAGGCCCAGCCACCAGAACGUCGCCAGAAUCAAACAAGACAUCGACAACGAAAGGGACCUACGCAAUAAACGAAACGACCGGGCUCGAGGAGGCGCUGCUAGCGAUAUUCCACAACCGAGAGGCGUCACCUCGCCCAAAGGAAAAGACAAUAAUAAUUCGAAUGUAGAUAGAAUAUACGAAGCUUCUACGGCUCCUGCCGGUUACGAUUGUAAUGACGUUAUGAACGGUUCCGUUGUUGACAAAGCAUACUAUGGAACUGACGGAAGGGUAUAUUCUCCGCCCCUUCAGAUAGUCUCGCGAAGGGCGAAGGAGUUCGAAUCGGGCAAGCCGUUGCCCGACGACGAUCCCGUGCAAUCGAAUCGAGCCGGUUUCUCCAAAAGCGAAUUGGCCCGUCUGAGUUCGAAAAUUCUUAGACCCAACGUCACCGAGAGGGCACACGAGUACGAGACCAGGACGACGGAGCCGAGAAAGGACGCCAGCUCGACGUCGGCGAAUUCCGCGUCCAGUUCCGUAUUGAAACGUAUCCAAAGGGACAGUCGAUCAUUAGACAGUUCAGGCAGUAACGCGAGCAGCGCUAGUGUCAACGAAGUGUUAUUUGGAAGCGGUAGCGGCAAAAAACUUUCCGGAAACGUUAUGAUUUCCAGCGGAAGUAAAUAUUUGCAUUGUCCACCGCCCUCUGAAAAUGGAGCGGUUAAACCGCCGCCAGAUAUAGAAUUAACGCCAAGGAAUAGAGUUCGCUCGAAUUCAGUGGAAUCAACUGUUGGAGCUCUAGCCGAUAGGUGGUUAAAAGACAAUUCGAAUGAAAAGUCAGAACCAGACGUAAAAGUAACGGAACUGCGACGAUCUCCUUCAAAUCCCCCCUACGGCGAUUUGCCACCCUUAAUUCCCGAAUCCGUCGAAUACAUCCACCUGAAUCCCGUUGUAACCUUGACUACCCCAUGUUCGAACAAAGCCAUCAGGCCGACGCAAUUGGACCUAGACGGGGUGGCUAAGCAGCCCAAGCAAUUAACACGAACGUAUUGUGAUGGAGCUCCAGCAGUGGUAAAAAGACGACCAAAAAAUACGAACUCUAAUAUUGUUGACGAUGAAAAAACUACUCGAAGAGAAUCCUACCUUAAGGCUACGGAGGGUGGACGAAUGCACAUCGAUAGCGACCUCAGCGAUAGUGGAGACAUAUCUCCUCAAGCUAUACGAAGUGCGCACAGGCGAUGGCGUCCGCCGCUAUUUCCAGGAGAUAUUCAACAACUUAGAAAAUUAUUCGAAGACGCGGCCUACUCAUUGGGGGGUAGCGGCAGCAGCAGCAACGCGUCCUUGGACAAAGAAAAAAUUUCUGGCGGUUCGAGUCCCGCCGUCGACAGCAAGGACGCGGCGGUGACGAUCAAAGAGGGAAAUUUGAAUUGUAAGAUACUGGAAAUCGACGGAAAGAGAUCGAACGAUAGAUCUUGGAAACAAGCGACAGUGAUUUUGAAGGGUCCGAAAUUGUAUCUCAAAAGAGACAGGCAUCAUCACCAGAGUCCUGUUGGUACACUCGAUUCAUUGGACCAAUCACUGACGGACGGCGUCGAUAUGCGCACCAGCGUCGUGACGGUCGCCGAGGAUUACACCAAAAGGAAGAACGUGUUCAGGGUAUCGGUUAAACCAUGCCGAUCGGAGUUUCUUUUGCAAGCCGACAGCACGGAGGAUUUCGCGGAUUGGAUCAAAACGUUACAGGAUCAAGUCGCCGGCGGAGCGGAAAACGAAUCGGACCCUUCCAGCAGCAUUCAAAGAGCCGUACCGCAAUUGACGCCGGCCUCGACGACCAUCCUGGUUCAAGGCAACCAUCUCUCCCCGCAAUUGAACAAACAGAAGCCGACGGCGUCCCGAAAUCGCUCGCCAACCGGCCAAUCGCCCGUCAGCAAAAGUCGAAAACCAUCCCAAUUGCCCAACGAAACGUCGACGUUAACGAGUCCCAAAUCGAAAACGUGGCGAGGCCGAAUGGCCAAGCAAUUCAGGAAGUUCAACCAAGGCGGCAACAGCCCGAGCAGCCCGACAGCGCCGGAGGGAUCCACGUUCGGGAUACCCAUAGAGGAAUGCAUACCGUCGAAUAGGAACGUGUUUUUGCCGCGGUUCGUGGAAGUUUGUACGGACAUCAUCGACGAGAAGGGCCUCCAAACCGUCGGUAUAUACCGCGUGCCGGGCAACAACGCUUCCAUAACGGCGCUCGCCGACGAAGUGAAUCGAAAUUACGAGGACGUACCGUCGACGGAUCCCCGAUGGAACGACGUCCACGUCGUUAGUAGCCUGUUGAAAUCGUAUUUCAGGAAAAUGACCGACAGCCUGAUCACCGUUCAAUUGUAUCCGUCGUUUAUUAAGGCGGAUAAAAUCGAAAAUCACACGGAGCGAAUGGAGCAGCUGAGAAAGUUGCUCAGAUGCCUGCCGAAGCACAAUUACUAUACGCUCAAGCACAUCGUUGAGCAUUUGAGGAGAGUGGCCGACAAUUGCGAAUGUAAUAAGAUGGAUUCGAAGAAUUUGGCCAUCGUUUUCGGUCCUACGAUCGUCAGAUCGGAAGAGGGAAACAUGCAAAGUAUGGUAAACGAUAUGAAUAGUCAAUAUAGGAUCGUCGAAACUUGGUUAAAUCAUACGAAAUGGUUUUUUCCGGAAAAUGAAAAUGAAGAGAACCUACCGAUACCCGAUAGCAGCUUAGCGGAUUGCGCCGAUGAAUUCGAUCCGAACAAUCAAACUUUAUUAUUGAAUAAUAUUACUAAAUGCGGAACAUUGAAGGACCAUAAAGAAAAAAAUGGCGCUCUAUUGUCAUCCAUUAUAUCGGCAGCGCGGAAGAAAAAAAUUAAAAAGACAACGAAUAAACCUCAAAGCUCUGUGCAAGAGUCCAAAGAGGACGCUGUUUCGCCAACUAACCUUAAGGUGUUUCCCUCGCAAUCGUUUUCACCGGUAGAUCUCAAAGAAUGUUCCCUGCCAGACGAAAAAUCCCCAGAUAUUCCAACGACCGUCACGGACAUAGAAAAGAAAAAUUCCAGCAACAAAGAUCCUUUCUUCAAAUACACGUCAGACAAAGACGACUUCUACAGGAGAAUCGAAAAUUUCAAAAAAGAAACCGAAUCGAUGCUUCAAUUACCCAGAAUAACAGAAAUAUCCGUUAGCAAUUUAGAUCCACGACAAUUCAGCUCAUCGUCCAGCACCCUCAACCGAAACUCGAGACCGUCCGUCUCGAAACCGGACGUCCACCAUCACCUUAUGAAGACUCACAGCGCUACGAAUGUGUUUUCGAGGGCCAGCAACGUCUCCGAGCCGAAUCGCAACAGCCUCGCUUUGAUGGAUUCGAUGCGGUACAGCAAAAACGGCGACGAUUUCAAAUUCUUGCGCGCCGACGACGACGAUAAACAAUUAAAAGCCGCGAGCAGUGAUAGUGCGUGCAGUGAUAGUGUUUGCAACGAAAGGACGAAAUGUAAUAUUCGACGAGGCGGUUCGAUAGAGAACGUAAACUUAAGCAGUUCGGACGUUUCCAAUGGGAAAAAAGUUAGAUACGAAAAUGAGUUACAGAGUGAAAAUCAAAGAAUCGGUUCAUUAGAAUCUCUUAAUAAAGCUUCGAAUGAUGAUGAAUCCUUAUUGAGCACAAUGACCAAACUGAUCGACGAACGGUUAAAAGUGGAUCUGCCGACGAUCUUAUCCGGCGACGGCAUCCCCUACGUGGACGAUUCGCCGGAGAAACACGCGAAAAAAUCGAAUCCAGACAAAGAAAACAUACCGCAGGCUAGUGAUUUGUACAGGAACCCCAGCUUACACAAGAACCAACUCAAAACGUCGAAGAAAUCCGAGAAGGAGCACAAAAACGACAACGAAAAGGAGCUGGACACCAAGGAACGGGCGCCGGACAACGACAGAACCGCCACCAAAACCGCCGCCUUGUCGAACGCCAACGGCACGAAUCUCAGACGAUCCGAAUCGCUCAAUCGACCGGAGCGCACCGGUUCGCCGCUCGGCGGCAACAACAAGCUCAAGCGAUCGGAGAGCCUCAACAAGGGCGAUCGAUUGAAGCGAUCCGACAGCCUGAGCAAGAGCGAGAAAACCGAAAGCAACAUAAACAGGAAACGCGAGAUCAACCUGAGCAAUCGUCGAUUCAAAGACAACGCCGCCAAGAACAAGAGGAAAACCGGCCAGCCGGACAGAUCGAUCAAGCGCCGGCACACCGUCGGCGGCACCAAAGACCCGGACAAAAUCACGUGGGCGAUGGACGCCAAGCGGCGCGGCAAGGACGUGGACAAGGAGCCCGGCGAAAGGACGUCGCUGCGGACGAGUUCGCCCGAUCUGAGCGCCGUGCGGCGCGAUAAGUUCCUCUUCGAGAUCAAUCUGAUCGGUCCCGAUAACGUGGUGGUGGCUCUGAGGCAGCACCUGAUCGGGACGCGGCCGCAAAGCUCGCCCGAUACUUCCAUAUUCAAGGUAUUGGAGUCGCACGUGUGA